GCCCUCUGAAGGAAGCUCUGAAGAGAAAGGAGAGGGCGAAGGAAGCGCUCAGCGACCUGCAGGUGCUCAGACGGAGGAGGCCGGAGGGAGUGGCUGACGCUCCAGCCCCCCCCUGCAGUCCCCAAACCCUCACAGGCAAGAGCCGCAGCCAUGGCGGGGAUGAAGACGGCCACCGGGGACUACAUCGACUCGUCCUGGGAGCUGCGGGUGUUUGUGGGAGAGGAGGACCCGGAGGCUGAGUCGGUCACCCUCCGGGUCACGGGGGAGUCGCACAUCGGCGGGGUGCUCCUGAAGAUCGUGGAGGAGAUUAAGCGCAAGCAGGACUGGUCAGACCACGCCAUUUGGUGGGAGCAGAAAAGACAGUGGCUGCUGCAGACCCACUGGACCCUGGACAAGUACGGAAUCCUGGCCGACGCCCGCCUCUUCUUCGGACCCCAGCACCGGCCCGUCAUCCUGCGGCUGCCCAACCGCCGUGCCCUGCGCCUCCGGGCCAGCUUCUCCCAGCCCCUCUUCCAGGCGGUGGCUGCCAUCUGCCGCCUGCUCAGUAUCCGUCAUCCUGAGGAGCUGUCUCUGCUCCGGGCUCCUGAGAAGAAGGAGAAGAAGAAGAAGGAGAAGGAGCCGGAAGAAGAGUUGUAUGACUUGACCAAGGUCGUCCUGGCUGGGGGCGUGGCACCCGCAUUGUUCCGGGGGAUGCCGGCCCACUUCUCCGACAGCGAGCAGACCGAGGCCUGCUACCACAUGCUGAGUCGGCCGCAGCCCCCGCCUGACCCCCUCGUGCUGCAGCGCCUGCCUCGGCCCAGCUCCCUGAUGGACAAGACUCAGCUUCACAGCAGGUGGCUGGACUCAUCGCGGUGCCUCAUGCAGCAGGGUAUCAAGGCUGGGGACAUGCUCUGGCUUCGCUUUAAGUACUACAGCUUCUUCGACCUGGAUCCCAAGACAGACCCGGUGCGGCUGACCCAGCUGUACGAGCAAGCGCGGUGGGACCUGCUGCUGGAGGAGACCGACUGCACCGAGGAGGAGAUGAUGGUGUUUGCAGCCCUGCAGUACCACAUCAACAAGCUGUCCCAGAGCGGGGAGGUGGGCGAACUGGCCACCACAGACCCGGGGCUGGACGACCUGGACGCGGCCCUGAACAACCUGGAGGUGAAGCUGGAGGGGUCGGCGUCCACAGACGUGCUGGACAACCUCACCACCAUCCCAGAACUCAAGGACUAUCUCCGCAUCUUCCGGCCCCGGAAGCUGACUCUAAAAGGGUACCGCCAGCACUGGGUGGUGUUCAAAGAGACCACGCUGUCCUACUACAAGAGCCAGGAGGAGGCCCCGGGGGACCCCAUUCAGCAGCUCAACCUCAAGGGCUGUGAGGUGGUCCCCGAUGUCAAUGUCUCCGGCCAGAAAUUCUGCAUCAAACUCCUAGUACCCUCCCCUGAGGGCAUGAGCGAGAUCUGUCUGCGGUGUCAGGAUGAGAAGCAGUACGCCCACUGGAUGGCCGGCUGCCGACUGGCCUCUAAGGGCCGCACCAUGGCCGACAGCAGCUAUGCCAGCGAGGUGCAGGCCAUCCUGGCCUUCCUCAGCCUGCAGCGGACGGGUGGCGCGGGCUCGGGCAGCCACCCCCAGGGCCCUGACGCCUCUGCCGAGGGCCUCAACCCCUAUGGCCUUGUUGCCCCACGCUUCCAGCGGAAGUUCAAGGCCAAGCAGCUCACCCCACGGAUCCUGGAAGCCCACCAGAAUGUGGCCCAACUUUCGCUGUCCGAGGCCCAGCUGCGUUUCAUCCAGGCCUGGCAGUCCCUGCCUGACUUUGGCAUCUCCUAUGUCGUGGUCAGGUUCAAGGGCAGCAGGAAGGACGAGAUUCUGGGCAUCGCAAACAACAGACUGAUCCGCAUCGACUUGGCCGUGGGUGACGUGGUCAAGACCUGGCGUUUCAGCAACAUGCGCCAGUGGAAUGUCAAUUGGGACAUCCGGCAGGUGGCCAUCGAGUUCGAUGAGCACAUCAACGUGGCUUUCAGCUGCGUGUCCGCCAGCUGCCGCAUUGUGCACGAGUACAUCGGGGGCUACAUUUUCCUGUCCACGCGGGAGCGCGCCCGCGGGGAAGAACUGGACGAGGACCUCUUCCUGCAGCUCACGGGAGGCCAUGAGGCCUUCUGAGGCCUGUCCCAUUGUCCCCACUUUUGCUCACUACCUGCUAUGGCCACUUCUAAGCCCACACACACCCUCUCCUGACAGGCACUGAGCUGGGCACGCUGGCCUGCUGUCACUGGCUUUGUGCAGACCAGGGACCUAACUGGACUAGACUCUGCCAUCCCCCAGGCUAGAGAGGGUGGGCUGUGAGCUCAUACAAUACCCACCCUUUCCUUGUCCCAGCGGCCAAGGUCAACACCGCCUACCUAGCUAUAGUCCCUGAGUACACACGGGAGGCUGGCUGUGGCUGCAAGAAAAUUCACAGUUUCAAACUGGAA